AUGGCUGUGUCCACCACACCCGAGCAGUGGAAAUCUGUUCAUAACAUCACAGAACAGACGAAUACAACUUUGAGUUUUGAUCUUGGGGCUGAGGCACAUCAAAAUUUUUUCUUAUUCCACAGUAUAAAGAUCCUCUCUCUGGUCAUUGCCCUGGUUGGGCUUAUGGGGAACAGCCUUGUCCUGUGGCUCCUGAGCUUCCACAUCCAGAGGAGCCCCUUCUCCAUCUACAUCCUCAACCUGGCUGGGUCUGAUGCCCUCUUCGUUGGUAGCUGCUUUGUGUCGUGCAUAUGGGAAAUUGAUGGAUAUUUAAAUUCUCUUGUCCUGGUGCUAUGGAUCUGCAUCCUAAAUCUGUCUUACUGUGUGAGCCUGACCCUGCUGACUGCAAUCAGCACUGAGCGCUGUCUCUCUGUGCUUUUCCCCAUCUGGUACAGAUGUCACAGGCCCAAGUACAAGUCUGCAGCUGUGUGGGCUAUGCUAUGGGCUCUGCCCAGCCUGUUCUGGGGAGUAUUUGUGGUUCUAGCUUUCCUUGGGCAAUUCUAUGUUUUCUACGACAUUUUGUACUGGGUCUGGGUCGGAUGGUUCGUCUUCCUUACCUGUGUGCUGUGCUUGUCCAGCCUGACCCUGGUGCUGAAGGUCCAGUGCAGCUCCCAGCACAGGUGGCCACCCAGACUCUUCCUCCUGAUCCUGCUCACUGUCCUUGGUUUCCUGCUCUUUGGCCUGCCCUUUGCAUUCACUAAUGCAAAUGGGUUGUUCCUCCGCUUCCCUUUAGUGCCUUAUGAAUUCCCAAGGCUUCUGGCCUAUAUGAACAGCAGUGCAAACCCUUUCAUUUACUUCUUCCUGGGCAGCCAAUGGCGUGGAAGACAGAGGGAGCCCCUCAGGGUGGUCCUCCAGAGGGCCCUGGGAGAGGAGCAGGUGGAGAGGGUUGGGCCAAGGGACACUUCCCACCCCAACACUCUGGAUAAAUUAUCCUGA